AUGUUAUAGCAUAUGAAGGAUUAAUCUAAUCUAAUAGAAUAAGAAUUUCUUGUGGGCUCUAAAUAAAGAAUCAAAAAAAUAUUUCUUUUGAUGAGUGAAGGUAUGUUGUUCAAAGUGUCUGAAUUAUAACUCAAAAGAGCUCCCCUUUUGACGAUGCAUGUUUAAUUUAUAGAUCCCUCUUCAGAUCAUUUUGUAUAACUCAAUUCAGAUGAGACAUUAUAUGGCUUUAGACUUUCUUACCAAGGGAAAAGUCUAGAAAUCUUCACUUCUGAUAAAGCUAAUUAUGAGAUUUGGAAGACUCACUUUCGACUGAAUUGUAUUAUGAACAAUUUCCAUGAUGCAUUUUCAGUAUCCAAGAUGAUAGGCAAAGGCAGCUUCGCAAAAGUAUACUCAGCUACAAAAAAAGAAAAUAAUAACUAAUAUGCAAUAAAGGCAUUCAGUAAAAGCUACAUGUCUCAGUAAUCAAAGGGAAUUGAGAGUCUAUUAAAUGAGAUAAAAGUUAUGAGAAGAUUAAAUCAUCCAAAUAUUGUAAAGUUGCAUGAAGUUCAUGAAACAACCAAUUCAAUUUACUUUGUUUUAGACAUGAUUUAAGGAGGAGAACUAUUACAAAGAGUCCGUGAAACAGGAUUCCUACCAGCUCAAACUAUGUAAAAACUUGCUUUCAAUUUGAUAAGUGCACUUAGACACAUGCACGAAAACAAUUUGAUUCACAGAGAUCUCAAGCCAGAAAACUUAUUAUUGAAAUCAACCGAAAAUCAUUAUGAAAUAGUUUUAGCUGAUUUUGGUUUAGCCACCAGUCUCAACGAAGAACCCUUAUUUAAAAGAUGUGGCACACCAGGAUUUGUUGCUCCUGAAAUCCUUGAAUAUGUCGAUGGAAUGGAUUUCUAUUGUGAUAAAUGCGAUGUUUUUAGUGCAGGUGUAAUUUUGUAUCUUUUAAUUACUGGAAAUGCUCCAUUUGCAGGUGCUGAUUAGAAAUCUAUUCUUAAGAGCAAUAAAUAAUGUGAAGUCGAUUUUAAAGAUCAAUAGUUUAAGUUAGCUCCAACCUAAAUGUAAGACUUGGUCUAAUCAAUGCUUAUCAGAAAACCUUCCUUUCGAUUGAGUUCAGAAGAAUGUUUAAAACAUCCUUAUUUCAAAGAACUGGCUAAGGAAUACAACAGAUAAAUAGAAUUAUUUCAAAAUAAUCUUUAAGGAUAUUCUGAAUUUAAGAAUGCUAUUAAAAUUGGAACUUAAGAGAUCGAAUAGAGAUCUCCCUUGAAUUUCAAUUCCUCUGAAUCAAUAUCCUCCAAUAUCUCACUUACAAAGCAAAAAUAAAGGAAAUCUUCAAUUGUUGUUGGGGCAUCCAAAUUUAGUUAAUAUAGUGCUAAACUGUCAAAGUAAAAUUCAAGAGAAAUUGCUGGUAAAUUUUACUCUUAUUUAGACAUACCAUAAAAAUAGGAACCAAAAAAAUAAUAAGAUUUACAUAGACUAGCACUUACCAAUAGUUAAAUGAAAAAUAUGGCUAAUUGUAAAUAAGAUAGUUUUGAUGAUCCUACUGCUGAAAAUUGUAAUAUUGGGGCUAUGGUGAGAUAAUACAACUCAACUAGACAAAUCAGAAUCCCUGAUUCAUCAUUGAAAAUAAAAGAGUGCAAUACCCCUACACUCUAAAAGUAAUGA